CUUCAACAAGAAACAUUCACUUAAUUUUCUCAUUUCCUUUCGUUUAAAUACACACAAACACUACUAAUUUACAAAGUAAAUAAAUAAUAAUAAACUUGGCAUUAUGAAUAAUUUUUUUUUUGGACUUGUUAUAAUGACAAUAAAUAUUGGAUAUUUAUCAGCUAAAAAUUUAUCACCUUUAAAGGUUGAUUCAUCUGCAUUUCAUUUGUACAAAAGUCGUAAUGAAUUGGAUUAUAUUUUGAAGAAUUUAAGACUACAAAAUAUUGAUGAUACGAAAGACAAUCAAUAUAUUAAUUUCGGUCAAAAUCAAGACGGUGAAAAUGAAAAUUUAAAUUAUCUUCCAACAAGUUUUAUUAGUAUUGAUCCAAAAACAAAAGUAACGAAUGAUCAGUCUGAUAUUAUCAUUAGAUUUGCACGUUCUGGUGCAUUUGAUAUUGAUUCACUUGAAAAUUUUCGUCUAUUAUCAUUGGAUAUACAACAGCUACUUGUUCUUUGUGGUGAUUUUAACAAUAUUGAUUCUACGGAUAUUGGUUUAACACAACUGUGUAAUUACAUUACAGCUGGAUUAAAUGAAUAA